AUGGCUAUGAGAACUGCAUCAGAUUCACCUCUCCUAGAUCAAUAUAGAACAUUAUUACGUGGAGAAAUUCAGGUGAAUCGGUGCAAUGAUCACCUCUGUGAAGUAAUAGGAGAAUGUGAACUCCCCUUAAUUGAUCUUAGUGGUCUGAGGAGUUGCCAUGGUGAUGAUAAGAAGGCUUGUGUUGCAGCAAUAACAAGGGCAUCAUCCGAGUUGGGGUUUUUCCAGGUGAUGAACCAUGGAAUUAGUGGUGAGUUUCUUGGGGAUAUGAGAAGAGAACAGGUGAAGGUGUUUCAAACCCCCAUUGAUAGGAAUGCUAGUUGUGGAUUUCUAAAUGAUUCAUAUAGAUGGGGGAGUCCUACUGCUACUUCUGUAAAAAAUUUCUCAUGGUCUGAAGCUUUCCAUAUUCCUCUCACCAAGAUUUCAGAUGAGACUUGUUAUGGAGAUCAGUUCGGUACUCUAAGGGAAGUGUUGGAGAAGUUGGCAGCAGAGAUGUCGAAACUAGCUCAAUUACUUGCUGGAGUUCUAGCAAAGAAUUUGGGUUCAAAAGGGCUGCUUCUUGAAGAAAUUUGCAAUGAAAAUACUUGCUUUCUUCGCCUGAAUCGCUACCCAAAGUGCCCGAUCUCGCCGGAGAUUUUCGGUUUAGUGCCUCACACUGACAGUGAUUUCCUCACAAUCCUUUGUCAGGAUCAAGUUGGUGGAUUGCAACUCAUGAAAGAUUCUAAAUGGGUCGCUGUAAAACCCAAUCAAGAUGCUCUUAUCGUCAACAUUGGAGAUCUUUUCCAGGCUUGGAGCAACAAUGAAUAUAAGAGCGUGGAGCACAGGGUGAUGACUAAUGGGAGAGUGGAAAGAUACUCAAUAGCCUAUUUACUUUGCCCAUCUUAUGAUUCCUUUAUUGGGUGUUGCAUAGAACCUUCCAUAUAUAGAAAGUUUACUUUUGGAGAAUACAGAAGACAGGUUCAAGAAGAUGUGAGACAAACCGGCCACAAAGUGGGCCUUCCAAAAUUUCUCCUCUAG